AUGUCCAGUCAUAACCGCUGCAGUACUUCGCUAGCAUCAGCCAUAUUGAAGCUAAAAGCAAAGCCGACGGCAAUGGAGAAAAAAAUUAUUGCGAAAAUGUUAGAUUAUACCGACUUAACCUGCUCAAUAUGCUUCGACAUUUUUGACAAGCCAGCAGAGUUGAAUUGCAGUCAUGUGUUUUGUUUCAAAUGCAUUAAAAAUUGGAUGCUUAAUAACAAGUCGUGUCCUAUGUGCCGGCGAUACACAAUAGAACCACCAGUUGUGUGCGUUAUGUUGGAAAAACUUAUUACAGAAAUGCAGUCAGUUUCUGUGCCUGUUGUAAGUCGACGUUAUACGAUAGGUACAGUUUAUAAAGCGCAAGAACCUUUAACCGCACCACGUCCAGCCGGUAAAAGAGAACUUAAUGGUCGUCCACCUUGGAGAUAG